AUGCAAUUAUAUGAGAUUUCAACCACUCGGAAAAUGAUUUUAACGAAUGGACGACGUACAUUUUGCACGGAUCGCUAUCGCUAUAUUGAACGACUUCGUGAUGAAUUUCUGAAACGCUUAAAAAAUUCCUCUCUUAUAAAUCGACGUCGUUAUCUCGUUUAUAAAAAUUCAACGGUUGGACGUGAUAAUGCGGUUUUAAUACCUUUAGUUGAUAAUAGCGAACAUUUUUCCAUACUCUUCACUCAACGAUCUUUUCUUUUAAAAAAUUACGGUGGACAAAUAUGCUUUCCAGGUGGCAAAAUCGAGCGCGGUGAAUUACCUUUAGAGGCUGCUUUACGUGAAACGAAAGAAGAAAUUGGUUUAGAUGCAAGAACUAUUAAAAUUUAUGGAACUAUGCCACCAAUCUAUAAUAAGAAACUACAAAGUCGUAUUUACCCCGUCGUUGGUCAAUUAGGUAAUAUCGAAAAUUUAAGAGAACGAGAACUCAGCUAUGAAGUUCAAACUAUUUUUACAGUUCAAAUUGAUGAACUUUGUGAAAAAUUCCAAUAUACAUAUCAUCGGGAUGGUUGCUUUGAAUAUGUCUUACCGAAAUUCAAUGUUUCGAAUUUCGAUAUAAUCCGUACAAAUGAUCAAUAUCCACAAAAGGAAUUUUGUAUUUGGGGUCUGACCGCAGUAAUGUUGCAUAGUUUCCUUUAUUAUUUUGUGCCUUUUAAAUAUUUAAAAAAAAUCACCCCACCAAAUUAUGAUAAUUUUUUUUGA